UCGCAAUUGGUGACCUUAACGCACAGUUGCCGACUAGGAUUACCGCUCACGGGUGCAAAAAUCUAAUUGCCAUUUUGUACACAUCUCCGAGAUGUGAGAGAAGGCUGGAAGAGCCGGUAAGAGAGUGAAGGAGGCAUUGGUUAUAGUGAGAGAGAGAACCAAUGGCGGCGGAGUAGUGAUCUGAUGCCAACCUUGUCACAUCCCGACCCUCCGCCAUCUGCCCUAAGACACAGCUGCACGCCUCUCCUAAUAUUCAUCCCGUCUCUAUUUAGCUAGACACACGAGGCGGCGACAUGGUGGAGGCGCACCAGAGGGAGGGGUGGAGGUUGUGGAGGGGGAGGGCGUUGCCGGGGUUGGCAGCGCUGGAGAAGGACGGGACCACAACAAACUCACAAGACCCACAACACCUGGGGGAGGACCACACACCUGAAGGAGGACGCAACAAGUGGGAGAGGACGCAACACCUGGGGGCCAAUACUACCUCCGUCUAACACACUCGUGCCUUUUGGCAGCACAUUGUCACAUCCUCAUGCAAGGCAAUGGAUGAACACGAAUUUGAAGAGAUAUUGACCUACCUCUCGGGAAGUAAAUACCCCGAAAACAUCAAAACUAAAGAUAGCCGCAGUAAUUGGCGCAAAAAGUGCCGCCCUUUUACAUACUGUAAGGAUCAGCUCUAUUACAACCACAAAAAGUAUGGAGCACUCCUUGCCGUGAAAGGUGUCAAGGACAAGAGAAAAAUAAUAGAAUCCAGCCACUUGCAACCGGAUGGGCGGCAUCAUGGCAUCAACAGGACACUUAAGAAGAUCAGUACCAACUACUACUGGAAGACGAUAGCUAAAGAUGUUCACAACUAUGUCAAGAUUGAAUGUCAGACUUGCACCGAGCAAGGUAAUCAGCAAAAUAAUUCAAUGCGACAUGUCAGCAUAGCCCGAACAGAAUCUGAUGGAGAUAUCAAGAUAAAGUCAGCAGAGAAAAUUGUUGACAAGGCCAUUGAGCAGAUUGGACUGGAUGUAAUUGGCAAUAUUUUAGAACCAAGUGUUCCAUCUCCCCAGGAACCUGUGUGUAACGUGUUCAAAUGUGAAACUGCUGUACCACAGCAUACUAUGCAACAGCCAUUAGUGCUCAGAGAUCAUAUAAUGGCACACUGUGGUCUUGAUGUUAUCGGGCCUUUGAGUGAGACGCACAAAGGAAAGAGAUUUAUCAUUAUUUUGACAGACUGUGUAACAAAGUGGGUAGAGGCAGUGGCAAUUUCUGAAUUUACAACGGACUCUGUUGGAAAUUUUUUAGCCGAAACCAUAUGUCGUCAUGGGUCUAUUGAAGAAAUAAUGACGAAACACAAUCAUGAUGAAUUUUGUACUAGAUUAACUGAAAAAAUGUGUUCAACAAUGGGAAUUACCAUACGAAUAUCUACUUUGCUUCCCUCUCAGUCAAAUGGGUAUACUGAACACUACUGGUAUAAUACCCUUUUGUGUGGUGCCUUGUUGAAAUAUAGUAAUCAAAAUCAAUAUUAUUGGGACAUUUAUUUGCAUCAAGUAAUUUUAGCAUAUAGAACAUUUCAACAAAAAAAUACCCCUGGUUCCCCAUUUCAGCUCUUGUAUGACAGACCAACUCGGCUUCCAGUGUUAGUUGCACAUCAGUCAACCAGUGAUGGUUAUUCAGAUGAACAGGAAGCACUCAUAGACCACAUGGUCAGUUACAUUAAGGCAUUGUCAUGUCCCACUCAUCAACAAUCUCUUGGUAUUCAUAACCCACCCAGCGACAGGUUAUCCCCUCCAUACAUUACAUCAAACAAUAUAUCUACACCUGUGUCAUCUACAUCAAAUGCAACUACUCAACAGCAGCAUCACCAAUCUACACAAGUUUUAGGAUCUUUUACACAUACUGGUCAAGCUAAUAAUCAAAUAAACACUAAUCUAUCUUUGACAACUCUUGGGACAAGCAUUCAGCCACCACACAGUAAUGCAACAGUACAUACAAUACAAGGUAAUGGCUUAUCAGCCCAAGCUAUCUCUACUAAUACCAUGGCAGCACACACAAUUUCAGCAAAUAGUAUAAGUUCACACAGCAUUCAGGGUACCAAUUUAACAGCUCACACAAUCUCUGCAAACAAUGUUGCACAUAGCCUACAGACAAACACUGGGACCUCGCAUAGCAUUCCAAGUAAUAGCCAUAUCAUUACAAGCCCAACAGUAACCCCAGUUGCCAGUCACGUCAUCACUCCUCACGUGUCUGUUGCUCAGUCUACAGCCGUCCAGACGCCAACAAAUAUGACCACCCAAACCACUACUGAUGCACACUCAGGACACAUGGUCAUGAUACACACAGAUGGGAAGGCUUAUGCAGAAUCAUUCUAUGUGAUCUGUCCACAGUGAUUCAACACUCAGGGAGAGCGUAAUAGUGAGGUUUCAUAAAACAGAUAUGCAAUUAUAAUUCUUCUAUACAGUGUGUCUUUGAGCUCUGUAAUUAACUUAAUAUUUAAUCUUUUUUAGUGUACAGUACUAGACAUUCUUUUUUCCAGUUGCAUUGACCAACUUAUAGCAUACUACCUCCUAAAAACAGUCAGGUGACUAUAAAGUAUUUACCUCUUUCUAUAUUGUGAUUUUUAUGUAUUGGAACAAAUUUUUGUAUUUAUAUAUUACACAAAACACUUUGGAACACUUUCCCAAAUGAAAAGUAAAAAAUAAAAAAGGCAUACAAGUAUUUGGCACGUAACAUGAUGAGCAAUAUGGUACUUCUGUAAUAAUUUUGUCCCCUAAUCAUAGCAAUGAUAAAUUAUAUCCAUUACAAUUAUUUCUACAUCAGAUAUCUGUGAGAUCCUUAGUUAGCCAGAAUAUUAAUCUGCACUGCAGAGUAAAAUGUCUUGCCAAGACUUCACACAGCAUAAUCUUUGUAUAUUCACCAUAUUGCUUCCUCAAAAUAUGAACUCUUGAGUAUCCUUAACACACAGGUACUCCCUCAGGUCAUACCCUCAUACAGGUACUCCCUCAGGUCAUCCUUCUCACACUGGUACUUCCUCAGAACAUGUCUCUCGUUGGAAAUCCCUCAGAAACCUUUCUCGCACUGAUAUUCCCUUAAAAUAUACCUCCUCAAGCAGUAUUCUGCCCCCCCCCCCCCUCCAUGUUCUGCUGACUCUUCAAUUAACACCCCCCCCUCUAUUAUUACACCCCCUGCAUUCAUUUAAAUAAAUCUCUUCACUUGACACUCCUAUAAUACAGUAUUAUAUAAUACUCUCUCUUCUUAACACUCCCUUUUAUCUCAUCUAUCAUUAAAUCCAAGUUCUGAAAGUUCAUCUCAUUAACCAGGAAUUAUUCAUUUCAUAAUUCUAAUUCCCAUCUUUUGCAUUCAGAAAACUUUGAAUACUAAAUUUAUCCCACAUCAUCUAUAAUUAUUAAUGUUUCUGUAAUAAUGUAUAACCAAAAAUGGUAAACACAGCUCACCUGUCUAGUUCAUGACACUUGGGUUUAAUUGUGUGUGUUUGUGUGUGGGGCUAUGUGUCGAGAAUCAUGCUAUGCACAGAGCCAUGAUUGGACUUGACUGACAUGGUGACAAUUAGAGAGUUUGCCACUUUGUCAAGUCAAAGAUUCAAACUACAGUACUGUAUUGUAUUUUACUUCUUAUUUUAUCUUACCAUGGACUGCUCUCCACAAAGCUGAGAAAUAAUUUAAAGAAUUAAGUUCUUCAGUCAUCAGUUGAUCCAAGUGCUAUAUAGUUAUAAUGGCUUGGUGUUUUCUCCUGAUUGUUCCCUUCAACCAUCAGUUUUUCAUGUCUUUGUUCUAGUUCUUUAACUUAGAAUUUUUGCACUUUAAAAAAACAAAUUUGUCUUUCUGUUUACCUCUGUAAUGACAAAAAUUGCUAAAAGAAAACUCAGUAAUGUAAUCUGUCCAAUAGAGUUUUACAUUAUCUAAUAGAUGACAAUCAUCAUAUAUUACAUAAUCUUUCCUUCAUAUUAUCUUACAAUGUGGAUCCGACAGAUUCACACAUUAUUCCACACACAAUCUCUUCACUGCCAUUCCACUAUUCCUUUUCCAAUUUUCACUUUUUUUUUUUAAGCCAUUACUGCAAGCCUUCAUCAUCCUCUGUCUUAAUAACAAACAAAAUCAAACUUAAACUUCCGUUAGUGUAUUUCUGAUUGCAUCACACUUUUGGAGACGCAGCAUUAUACUGUACCAUCACUAGUCAAUGCACCUGUCAUCUGUAUACCUUUUAGAACCUUCAUAGUUUUCUCUACAUGCAUUCCCUUCGCACUACCAAAACUGCUUGAAAUAACUUUUCUGGAUUAUGUGUAAUUCUUUUUUAUUAGAUGUUAGGAAAGACUUGCAAAUUGUGCUAAAAUUAUCUGAAUACCUUUGACAAGAAAAAGAUCACGAAACUUAUUAACACAUUUUACAAUACUGUAAACUGCCAGUUAUCACAAAUUGGAUCCAUAGGCACACAUUUCACAUCUACCUUUUCAAUUGUUUUUUAAGAGACUUGCCAAGUUGGAAGAAAAUUUGCUACUUCAUUGCUGAUUACCUAUUUCAUUUCUGCAAAGGGUCAUACUUAUACAAAAUCGUCAAUUAUAUAUUUGUGUAGCUUUGGGUUUAUUGGUUUUAUAAUCCUUCCACAUUAUAGUUCCUAUCAACCGUAUCUUAUUCAGGCUUGUUUAGAUAAAAACCACUACACGUCUUUUAUUUAUAUUUAUCUUCAUCUAAUAAACCCAAAUUCAUUCUUGAAUAAUGUCUUGUAACUGUCACUGUCCCACUUGUCAUGAUAAUUUCAUCAUUCAAUUCCUUCAUAUUUUCACUCGCAUCUUUUCUUAAAUCAUUCUCAUAAGGUACAGUACUUAAAUUGUUCAACCAGGAACUCACUAACAGCAGCAUUCAAUCAACAUAAAAAAAGUUAGUGACAUCACACAUUCUGGUAUAGCCUGAACUUUGACCACAAGCUAACUACACCUCUACUACUUCUACCAUGUCUGAUUUUCUAAGUAACCCCUUUACUCUUUCCAAUGCAUAUUUCCACACUAUGUUCUGUACCUAUUUUGCAUCAGAUGUGUGAAAAGCUUUCUCUGAUUUGGCUAUAUUUUUAAUAUUGUCCUUCAAAAUUUAUAUAUCACAUGUCAGGAUUUGUAUAUUUAUGCUUUAUAUAAGCUAAUUAAUUUACUAUGUUAAUCUAAUCUAAAGUAAGAAUAAUAUAGUUAUUUUUAAGUUUGAUUACUGGCAUUUAAUCCCCAGAUCAGGCCAUUUCGUAAGGUUCAACAUGUUAUUUGAGACAUGGGGUCGGAACAAGAACCAUACAGCUUUUUUAAGUUAAUUAUUAGAGGAUGAUGAUAAUGCAUGUAUUAUCCUUUUAUAGAGCUCAACAUAGCAUAAUGUAAUAUAUAUUAAUGUAUAUAAUUAAGUGAAAUAGGUUUGAAUGUUUUAAUUAUAAACAAAGAUGUAAAACGUUAUGCAAUUAUUUUGUAGAAAACGUGGGAGCGAAAAUUCUCCUUCCAUAGAAUAAAACAAUUUUUAUUAUGUGAUAUUUGCUUGUGAUAAAUGGUGGGAAGUUAGCUAAAAUAUACAUUGAUUACCAAU